GCUCUUUCCCUCCUCGGAUUGGCUCUGAAGAAGCUGGUUCUCCUUCCCGGGGUUUCCUCCGUCUCAAUUCCCCGAAGGGAGAGCCAGCUGUUGCCGCUCUUCAGCCAUGGCCAGGAGGGCAGGCCUCCGAGGCUCCGCCUGACUCGCCCCGAGGCUCAGAGGCUGACCAGCAAGGAAAGGCCGCCGUCGCGCUUGUGUUCUGGCACAUCCCUCAAAUUAUUCUCGUUGUCGGACAUUUCUGUAUGGAGAAAAAGAUGGGAGAAGCUGUUGCAAGAGUAGCUCGGAAAGUGAAUGAAACUGUUGAAAACAAAGCAGAUUCUCUGGAUCUGGCAGACUGCAAACUGAUGACCUUCCCCAUUGCCCUUUACAAAGUUAUGAGGCACGUUACGGAAGGCAUUCAUCUCAUCACUCUGGCCAAUAAUGAGCUGAAGGCUGUGCCCAGCAAAUUUAUCACCACCUUUAGCCAGCUAAGAGAACUGAAUCUGGAAGGGAAUUUCAUUCAUCGCCUUCCAGAAGAAGUCCGAACGCUGUCACAUCUAAAGCUCAUCAACCUUUCUAGGAACAAAUUCCAGCAGUUUCCAGAACAGCUGACCUCCUUGCAAGCUCUUGAAACAAUCAACCUGGAAGAGAAUGAAAUUGAAGAUGUGCCUGUCGAGAAGCUUGCCUCCAUGGAGUCUCUCCAGAGUGUGAACCUAAAGUCAAACCCGUUAAACGAGGAAGUUCGGGUGAUUGCCAGGCCACUAAUUAAGUUUGAUCUCCUGACAUCUCCAUCCAUUCCUCAAGUCUGAAACAGGAUUGGCCUGGGGGAAGAAUGGUGGCUGAUCUUAGCUGUGAAAGUGACGGGAAUGCUGUGUUUGCUAAGUUAAAACACUGUAACUUUCUCAAACGCCUGCAUGCAUUAGAUUUCAUGGGAUUUCAGAGCAGUGGGAAGCAGGGUGGUUUUGUCAAAUGACUUGGGGAAUCUCUCCUGAACUGUGGACAUACUGUAAACAUAUAACGUCUACAAAGAAAACUUGAUUAUCCUUUGAGAGAACAACUUUGAUGAGCUAAAUGGCAACCUCUAUGGCCAUGUUCUCCAGAGAAGCAGCAAAGACAGAUAUCAACUACAGUAUCCCUCAAAACUAGAAGCAGAGGCGGCCCUAGGUAAUUUUCAACGGUAAGCAAACAGUAUAUUGCCCCCCCUCCCCAACCAAUAAUUGAUAUAUAUUUUCUGUUCGUCAUGGGAGUUCUGUGUGCCAUAUUUGGUUCAAUUCCAUCAUUGGUGGAGUUCAGAAUGCUCUUUGAUUGUAGGUUAACUAUACAUCCCAGUAACUACAACUCACAUAUGUCAAGGUCUAUUUCCCCCAAGAGCGCCUCAAGGGCGCCCCUGGACAAAAUCAACUAUACUGCAAAUGCUUACUUUGCGUAAUGGGUGAGCCGCCCCUGACUAGAAGUCUAUGAUUUUGUUGUGAGUGACCAUCUGGAUGGGAUCCUAAUUGGAGAUAAUUUGCCUCUGAAGUUCAUGAGCAAAUUGCAACAUCUGUGCUAUAUGAAAUGAAACACAAAGUAUGAUAGGAGCGUGACUCAUUUUUUCACUUGUUCCCUUUAAAAAGAAGAAGUACGUAUUACAUAUUUUCAGGCUUGACACCUAAAAAUAAAGCCCGUAAAUCAUCUUUGACUUCAUUUUCGUGGCAAGAGGAUUAGUUGGUUUGACAACACACAGCAAGAUCCAGCAUUACUGUCUGAAAAAUAGUGUGAGCCUCGAGAAUAUUUAAUGACAUCCCUUGGCUGAGAAAUUCCAUCAACGUAUGAGUGUAAAUGUUGCUUUAUUGCAAUCCAUCACCAAGCUCUCUGAAGUAAAUUCCUCUAAUGCAUUUUAUGAUAUUGCAAUAACAUGUAAAAUGAGGUGUGUUGUCGUUGCUAUUUGCCAUCAAAUUAUCUUCAAUUUAUGGUGACACUCUGAAUGAAAGACUUCCAAGAGACCUAUCAUCAACAGCCCUCCUCAGAUCUUGGAAGCUCCGGAUUGUGGCUUUUUUCAAUUGAGUCAGUCCAUCUCUAAUGUCUUCCCACUGCCUUACAUUUUAUUUUAAUUGUCAUGUUUUCUAAUGAAUCAUUUUGUCUUAUUGUAUAUCUAAUAUAUGAUAGCCUACGUUUAGUCAUCGUGGCUCCUAGUGAGAAAAAUAAGACAUUACUGUUCAUGAAUCUUAUCUAUCCUCUCUAUUAAACUGUCUCUAGCGAUGCCUUUCUUAUAAUGAAGAUUCUUGUUUCUUGUUGACCCUCUUUGAAUAGCAAGCAAUUUGAUGAUUUUUAUUCUUCUUUAGUAUAUGUUCUCCUUCUCCUUUUUACGAGGGUUGAAUGAAAAGUAAUGCCCCCACCUUCGUAACUCCUCAACAGAUGACAGUACUGGUAUGCAACAGGUACUGGCUUGUUCAGUUGACUCUCCUCUAUAGUUCCAUUGGGUGGGAAGCCUUAGCAUUGAAUGGUUGUGUUGUUAAAGUGCAAAGUAUGGAAUCCUGCGCCGAUGGUCGGUUAAUGUGACUUAAGCAACCUGCAGUCAUUGAAUUCUUGACAGCAGAAGGUGUCACCCCAGAGGAGAUUCAUCAGAGAAUGCACGCUGUUUAUGGUGAUUGUGUUGAUGUAAGUACUGUGCGUUGCUGGGCGAGUAAGUUUAAAGAUGUUGAGGUGGGAUCAUCUGACUUGUGUGACAAAGAGUUGGACGUCCUGUGCUGUUUAUGGUUAUUGUGUUGAUGUGAGUACUGUGCGUCGCUGGGCAAGUAAGUUUAAAGAUGUUGAGGUGGGAACGUCUGACUUGCGUGACAAACGAAGAGUUGGAUGUCCUGUUACAGCAACCACCGAGUUUCACAAGCAAAAGGUUGACAGAUUGAUUCAGGAUGAUCGUCAUAUCACGCAGAGAGAAAUUUCAAGCAUAAUUGGGAUUUCACAAGAACGUGUGGGUCACAUUGUUGCUUUGCUUGGCUAUCGGAAGAUCUGUGCACAAUGGGUACUCAUGUUAUGGUUCAACAGGUUCCUGAGCAGCCUGAGCCUGAUGAUUUUCAGUUUUCACAGUUUUCUCAGCCUGCUUUUGAGAUGGAGAAGCAGUUCUCACAGGGCAGGAGUGCAACUGAUAAGGAGGAGGGCCCGGUGUUGCUUCAAAGGGAUAACGAAACCAUGAGACGGAGCUCUCGGAUCGCAGCCAAAUUAGGUCAGCGUCAGGUCAAGGGAGCAGUGAGAAAGUAGAUUGUGGGAAACUAGAUUGUUUUGAUGUGCAAAAUGUAUUUAGGUCUUCCACGGGCAAUUCUUAGCUGUCAGUUUCAACAUGGCUAUCUGCUAGCUGUUUCAUGCUCCUGUAUUGAGGCUGGAAAGCCUGGGUUUCUUUGUGCUGCUUUUGGGCUAAGCUGCUGGGCACAGGGAUUGUGCUUCCUGCUUCAUGACUCCUGUUUACCUUGAUUUUCUCUUAAGGAUUUCUGGAACUGUAUCAUGCAUUUUACCUGAACUUUGUAACUUUGUAUUGACUUAACCUUUGCCUUCUUUUGGAAACUUUACAAUAAACUAUAAAUCCUA